UCUUCCCCUCUCUCUCUGUUGACUUGAGCCUCUACAUAUCCUGCAAUCAUUUUCCCCAAUUCUCUUUUUUUCUCUUCGUGCCAAACCAAAAAAGGAAAGACAAAUUAAAAAACAAAGGUCGUCAAAGAAAGAAAGAGCCAUGGACGCCAUCGAUUCCGUCGUCGAUCCUCUCAGAGAUUUCGCCAAGGACAGCAUUCGUCUCGUUAAGCGUUGCCACAAACCAGAUCGCAAAGAGUUCACGAAAGUGGCGGUCCGUACAGCGAUCGGGUUUGUAGUAAUGGGAUUCGUGGGGUUCUUCGUGAAGCUCAUAUUUAUUCCCAUCAACAACAUCAUCGUCGGUGCCACCUAGAUAACCAGCUAAGAAAGAGAAGAGAAGUGUAGUAACAGCUUUCUUGCUUGUUCCAAGAAAAUGUUUUACAGUUUUUUUUUGUGUGUGUUCAGAUGCUCAGAAAGAGGAAACAUUUUGUUAACCAUACUUUUGAAAUUAGUCUCCAGUAAUUGCAUUCUAUUUUAUA